AUGCAGAGAGCCUCGCGGCUGCAGAGGGAGCUCUCACUCCUGGCUACGGAGCCCCCGCCCGGCAUCACCUGCUGGCAGCACCACCACAGCCAGCUGGACGAGCUGCGAGCACAAAUUUUAGGAGCUGCAGACACACCAUAUGAGAAAGGAAUCUUCAACCUGGAAAUAGUUGUUCCUGAAAGGUAUCCAUUUGAGCCCCCAAAGAUUCGCUUUCUGACCCCCAUCUACCACCCUAACAUUGACUCUGCUGGAAGGAUUUGCUUGGAUGUUCUCAAGUUACCCCCAAAGGGUGCCUGGAGGCCUUCCCUGAACAUCUCCACACUGCUGACCUCCAUACAGCUGCUGAUGGCUGAGCCCAACCCUGAUGACCCUCUCAUGGCAGACAUUUCCUCAGAGUUCAAGUACAACAAGCAGCUGUUCCUGCAGAAUGCCAGGGAGUGGACACAGAAAUAUGCCAGCCAGCAGGCCAGG